AUGCUCACCAGGAGUCUCGUUGGCCUCGCUUCCAUUACUAGUGCCGUACUUAUCAUCGGUUCUAUUGCUUUGAUCGGUUAUAUCUACAACGAUUUCAGCGAAUUCUAUGAUAAAGCUCAAGUGGAGUUAGGCGAGUUUAAGAUACAUGCCGACAAUGCUUGGGAACAAAUGGUCUUCUCUAUGAAAGAUCAUCACACUCGAGAUACCCGUGCAGUAAAACUCCGUCGUAAAAAGAAACAAACCGCCUCAUCCUACGAUGGAGGUUCCUCGAAUGGUGGUAGUGGAGCAUGCAAUUGCGCUGAAGGGGCAAACACCUGCCCACCAGGACCUCCAGGGCCUCCUGGUCAACCAGGAACACCAGGAGAAGACGCCAUGCCAGGAGAAGACGGUAUACCGGGAAAAGAUGGAAUUAAGAUUACAGGUGGUACCAGUGGUGGUGGAAAUCAGGGAGGCUACGAUUCCGGGGAUACCGGCAGCGAAUGCACAUCGUGCCCAGCAGGGCCACCAGGACCUCCAGGCGGUGUGGGAGCCCCAGGGCCAGCAGGACCAGACGGGAAAUCAGGAGCACCAGGCCAGAAAGGAAAUGAUGGAUAUGCGGGAGGACCUGGACCUCAGGGAGAUGCUGGAGCUGCGGGAGGGCCUGGA